ACGUUUUGCAUUUCUUUCCAGGCUCACGCCUUUCAUCUCUUCCGCCAUUCACGACCUUCUGUUACGACUAUCUAAUCUCGUCAGACUACACUGAUUUCAUUUCUGAUUCAUUAUGGUUAACCAGGAUAUUGUCGUAGCAAAUCUUCAAGCCACAAAGGUCAUAGACGGUUCUCAGGCUACGACCAUCAGGGACGCGUCUGAGAUGCGACCAGUCUUGGAAAGCGGCUUGCCAUCGAAAGAUAUAGUUGUGCUUUCACCGGAGAAGCCUUCCUUUGAACCUGAAGUUGAUGAGCCUGCUUCUCUAUGCGACGACCUAUCGGAUACAUCUGCCUCAGAGCUUUCUUCAAUGGGCUCGCAAUAUGAAGACCUUUCCACCCGUGACUUCCCUCACGCACAUGCUUUUGACAGUCAAGAGUUGUCUCCUUGGGCUAUCAACCCUUGCCCUCCUUCUUGCCAAUGCCAACUGGCUAUGGAUUGGACACAGUCAAUGGCCCUCCAGUUUGCCUUGUCCGAAACUGUUAAGGCUUAUCAAGUCCAUCAACACUCGUGGCGCGUCACCGACGUUCUUAGCAUUGCUACUCAAUUCGAAUGGAUCCUCUCAUCUUCGCCUCCUGUUGAGGUCUUAUACGAGGACAUGGACAAGAAUGCUUCAUUUCAUAUUCCGGAUAUGAAACUCGGCCUGGAAAAUGGUGUUGAUGAGCAUGGAGUCCCAUGCGGUUUGCGGUUCUCGGAAGGUAUCCAUGUUCAACAUGGAUGGGAUUUCCCUUUGGCCAGGGUACCCUACGGCGAGAUAAUUGUGCACUUCUGGUUGGCUGGUUACCCGGAAUCUUCUUUCCCGUUCGUUCUCCCCAUCUGGGAUGGUGCUAGACCUGUUACCAGAAACUUCAUCGCCGGUAAACUCGUCCAAGCUGUGCAGACACUUCACCAGGCCAUUGCGACUAAACCUGAUAUAUACGUUCCAGUUCAAGAGGAAUUACGCCUUUUGCCCUGGAACCUCCCCGGCUUCAUCGGUAUUGGUAUCAAUCACCUGAGGCUUAAUGGUCUUUCACAUUACCGGGGUCGUCACUUCGUCGUUAACAUCACCGUCAUCAAACCCAGUACUAAGAAUGACUACUGGUUCUAAAUGACUCAAACUAAUCGGGAUCGGGAUCACAAUGAUCCCAAUGGACAACAGACAAACCUUGAUUUUAACUAUGUCAGUCUCACUAUCGACACUCAGUCAUUUCUUCUUCUAUGUACCCUUGAGUUUCGCUUAUUCAAGCUUGUUUUGCUAUAUCUUGGGUUUACACCGAUGUGGUGGUGCCGCUCUAAUAUCUCCUACUUGUAUCGUCGUCACAACCUCUUGUCCCUUAUGCUGCCUACUCUAAGCUGCGGUUGUUGUAUCGCUAGUUUUUCCUUUUCUCCCUGAUUUUCAUUGGCCCGCCCCUGUUUUUUUUUUGUUUUCCCAUUAUAAUGUCGUAUACGUUAUCGCUAUCCCAAUAAACCAUCGUUCUUUAUGCUCUUCGGUAUCAUCAGUUUCUUUGGCAGUCAAACGAAGGAAGACAGCCAUUGUUGAACAUGUAGGAGCAUUAAAUCAACUCUCGACCU